AUGCUGUCGUCUGUGCACCCGGUGUCCACUUCUGCGGUGUCGUCGCAGCCAGUGCGGGGUUCCACAGCGGCCGUGCAGCCGCCACCUGCGACGCCCCGUGCAAGGCCUAUGCUUUUCCACCUGCACGGCCCCGUCGCUGCGUCUUCCACGCCCCUGCGGGCUGUCUCCUCCGCCCUCUCCUCGCAUACCCAAGCUCCGCCCUCCCUCUCGCUGCGCUGGCGCCCAGCCCCUGCGCGCGCACGCGUCACGGCAGCAGCCGGUGCCGCGGGGACUCCGUCGGGUCCAGCGGGGCUGCCCUUCCGCAAGAAGAGUGGCGGCGGAAGGGGCGCCGGUGGCCCCGCGCCCCCGCAUUCAGCGUCGCAGCCGCCGUCGGCGAGUGCGCUUGGGUACCACCCGCUGGAGCACGUGCCGGCGGAGGAGCAGGACGGCGGAGGGCGCGCAGGCGUGGGCAAGGACGGCCGGCGCGGUGGCGCAGCGCAGCUAUCGCCGGCGGAGGUGGCGCGCACCGUGGCGGAGGUGAACGGGGAGGCCAUCGUGUUCGCCGCGCUCGCCGAGGGCUCCGCGGGCUUCCUGGCGGCGGACGCGCGCUUCGUCGUGGACCACAACGGAGAUGUGUUCGUGGAGGUGGAGGAGGACGACGACUUCCUGCGCAUCCUCCACGAGGACGCGCGCCUCUGCUCGGCGCUGGUGGGGUUCGGCGGCAUGGACGAGGUGGCGCUGGACGACCUCAUCGAGGGCACGGCGGACGACGCGCAACAUCUGCAAGACGGCGACCACGACGGUAGCGACAGUAGCGACGACGAGAGGGGCUUCAGGGGCAGCGACCUGCGCGGGCGGGCCGGCGACGCCUGGCAGUCGCUGAACCUGCUGCUGGGAGGGGCUGGCAGUGGCGGCGAGGGUGCAAGGGGGGAGCGGGACGACGAGGAGGAGGAGGAUGAUGAUGAUGAUGAUGAUGAUGAUGAUGAUGAUGAUGAUGAUGAUGAUGAUGAUGAUGAUGAUGAUGAUGAUGAUGAUGAUGAUGAUGAUGAUGAUGAUGAUGAUGAUGAUGAUGAUGAUGAUGAUGAUGAUGAUGAUGAUGAUGAUGAUGAUGAUGAUGAUGAUGAUGAUGAUGAUGAUGAUGAUGAUGAAGACGAGGAGGGCAACGACGAGGACUUGGUGUUGUCGGAGGACGAUCGCCAUGUGAGUGGGAAACGCUUCCUUCUCAUUCCACUGUUCCCUCUCAUCAACCUCCCCACUUCCCCUCCCGCCCUCGCCCCGUCUCACUCAUCGUCGUCCUUCUGGCGGGCGAUGAUAGGGCCGGACGCGGACCACCUGUUUGACACGCUGUCGCCAGAGGCACUGGGGUCGCUGGGCGCGUGGGGCGGGCGGGAGACGCUGCAGUGGGUGCACCCCGUGUACUUCGCCGACAAGAUGAUCAGCGCGGUGGGCGCGGACCCCAUGGCGGACAUGACGCGGCCGGUGCAGCGGCUGCUGCUGGUGGCGCGGGUGCGGCCGCUGUCGUCGGAGGAGGAGUUCCGCGUGCGCGGGCUGCUGGGGGAGCGAGCCUCGUACGAUGGCCGGGAGGACCAGGACCACUGGGAUGGGGACGGGGACGGGGACGGGGACGGGGAGGGGGAGGGGGAGGGGGAGGGGGAGGGGGAGGGUGGUGCGGGUGGUGUGGAGGCGAGUGAGGCGAGUGUGUUGCAGGGACGUGAGAGCGAGGCCGAUGGCAGCACAGGCAGCGCGGCUGCUGCUGCUGCUCGUGUGGAUGAAGCUGUUCUUGCAGGAGCAGAAGAGGCGAUUGCAGGGGUAGGGCAGGAGGAGAGACGGGACGAGGUGCAGGAGAAGCAGGCGGAAGGGGUUAGUGAAGGGCAUGAAGCAGGCAGCAGCAGCAGCAGCAGCAGCAAGGGCAAGCGCGAGGGCAGCAUGAGGGUGCGGAAGCCGGAAGCACCCACGGCCAGGGCGGAGCCGAGAGCGGCAGCAGCGGCCGGGGCCAGCGAGAGCAGCAGCGGCACAGCAGGGGUAGGGGGCAGUGGGUUGGGGGUGGGAGGGCGGGAGGAGGAGACGGUGUUGGGCGUGGUGGGGUACCGCGUGGAGGGGCUGGAGCACGUCUUCCAGGGCGACGCCUGCUUCCACUCGCGCCCGGACCUCCCAGACGCCCAUGGCGAUGCGGCCUUCGAGGUCUCGUGGGGGGCUGACUGGCGGCCUGGUGAUGGUGAUGGCGACAGUGACUUGGGCAGUAGUGGCAGGGAUGCUCAGGGAGGCUGGGCUCAGGACGAGGGCCAGGGGGCGUGGGAGGAGAUGACAGAGGGGCAGCAGGGGACGGGGAGCAGAGGGGAGGAUGGUGAGGCGAGUGCGCAGGGAGCGAGCAGCAGCAGCAGCAGCGGCGGCGGCGGCAGCAGCAGCAGCACGGAUGGGGCGAGAGCAGUGGGGAGGACAGGCGAUGGGAUUUUGGAGGUGCCUCCUGGGGCCAUGUGGCUGAGUGCCGUGGGGCCAGAGAAGGACGCGCAGCGAGCGCAAGGAGGUGGGCAGGGGCAGCAGUCUCAGGGAAGUGACCUGCUGAGGCCUGCUGCUGGCGCUGGAGGGGUCGUGGCAGGGGAAGAGCAGGGAGAGGCAGUGCAGGGACAAGGGGUGGGACGAGUGGGAUCGUUCAAUGCAGCUGAGUGGGCGGAGGUGGUGAAGGCGGAGCAGGAGGAGAGUGAGGAGGGCAGUGAGGGCGAGGAGGGCAGUGAGGGCGAGGAGGGCAGUGAGGGCGAGGAGGGCAGUGAGGGCGAGGAGGGAAGUGAGGGCGAGGAGGGGUGGGAGGGCAGCAUGCGCACGGUGCUGUACCGGCUGGACCUCGUGCACAUACAGCUGCUCGCCUCCUCUGGCUGCCAGGAGGAGGUGGCGCCACAGCAGUGGCAGGAGGCGGCACCGGACCUGCUGGCGCACGUGGCGGACAGCAUAGUGCAGCGCGCCAACUCGCUUAAGCGCGCGCGGCGCUGCAUGCGCGACCUGUGUGCGCGCGAGCAUGGGAUAGACGCCGAGGAGGUGUGGCUGGCGGGCAUAGACCACCUGGGCAUAGACGUGAGGGUGCGCAUGGGCCUCGAACUCCAGACCUUGCGAUUCCCCUUCAGAUAUCCGGCGUCCACGGAGGUGGCAGCAGAGCGGCUGCUGGACGAGCUGCUGAGGCCGCGCCCCCUGCCCUCCGCCACCUCCACUCGCCUCAAGCCGCGCCUCUCUGCCCGCCAGUUGCGCCGCCUGCGUGCCCGCAUGCGCCGCUGA